GGCACCUAGGGACAAGACCCUCCUCGGUUGCAGGGCAGGCCCUGGAACUACAACUCCCAGGGGGCCCCACGGCCACUUCCGGUCUCGGGAUGGACCGAAGCUAAUUUGAAUUUGUGUUCCCGCCCCCUCCUCCUCCCAGACCCCGCCCCUUCCCUUCUCGCCACCCCGCCCUCGCCAGGCACACACAUGCACAUAGACACACAGGCCGCCGUCCACGCCAACAUACCUGGCCUGCAGCAGGCGGGGUGGGCGGGGGCAUCGGCGUGCGACGGGCUGGGAGGUGGGAGGAGCGCCGGGAGCCCACGCCGCGGCUGCUGCCUGGUCCCAGUCUUCUCGGGGGUCCACGCCGCCUUGGACCGCCUCUUCCACACACUACCUUUUCAAGCUGCAUUUCCGUAGUUUUCCCUGUUCCCGAUCCCGCCCCUCAGACCGACUGCCGGCCUCAGCUCUGGGGCGCCCAGGGGUCAACAGACCUCAGGAUCUCUCCCUACUCCAUAGAGAAAUCUAAUUCAGGAAAGCCACUGAGAAACUUGUCUCCACCAAGAUAAAGAAACUGAAGCUCAAGAAGUAAAGUAACGGCCAAGGUCACACAACUAGUGACUGGCUUGGGUGUGGCUGAGCAACCACUGUGUGCCAGGGUCUAAGAAUACAGGAAACAAGACACUCCUCUCUUUUCUCUACCUAAUGAACACCUAGUCACCCUUCAGGAGCAAACUAAAAAUAUCAUCUCUUAUGAAACUUUUCGUAAGCCCCUCGCCACCCACAAGUAGAGUUGAUAACUUGCUUUUUUGUAUACCCCUCUGAAAUAGCACUUUUCACAGUUAUUGUAAUGAAAUGCUUCUAUAUGUCCAUUUCUCUAACUUUGAGCAUCUUGGCGACAGGGUCUGUUUACUAUUCAUUGCCACUUGGUUGUCUGAUAGACAUCUCAAACUCAACAUGUCCAAAUCUGGACACCUGAUCUUUUUCGCCCAAAUGACCCCUCCCCUAAAGCAGUCCUCAUCUCAGUCGAUGGCAGUUUCACCUUUCCAGUUGCUGUGGCCAAAAAACCUUGGAACCAUACCUCAUAUUCAAUCUGUCAGCAAAUCCUGUUGACUCUCUCUUCGAAAUACAUCCAGAAUCCAAUCACUUCUUAUCACCUCCAGUGCUACCACCCUGGUCCAAACCACCAUCACUCACAUCUCUCUGGCAUCACCUCAGUAGCCUCCUGACUGGUCUCACUGCUUCACCCUUGUCCCCUGUGGCCUAUUCUCCACACGGAAGCCAGAGUGAUCCUGCUAAACACAAGUCAGAUCAUGUCAGUUCUCAGCACAAAAACUCUCCAAUGGCUCCCCAUCUCUCUCAGAGUAAAGCCAAAAUCCUUCAAUGGUCUACAGGCCCUAUACAAUCUGGUCUCCUACUAAAUCUCUGAUCGUAUCUCCUAGUACGUUCUCCCUCUCACUCUGCUCCAGCUGCUUGGUCCUCCUUGCUGUUUCUCGAACAAGCCAGAUGCACUUCUUACCCAUGACCUUUGCACUGGCUCUUCCCUUGCUAGGUAUACUCUUCUGCAUGGCUCCCUUCCUCACCUCCCUCAAGUCUUUGUUCAAAUGUCACUUUCUCAGUGAGGCCUACCUUGACCAGCCUAUUUAAGAUUGCCUCUAUUCUAAUUUCCAGUUUACAGUAAGUACAGGGUAUAGAGGAACAAGAUAAAUGACACCACGAGGGGAAAAACAACAACAACAGACAAAUCCAGAAGUAGGAUAUUCUACAAAACAACUGAGUUGUACUUUUCAAAAAGCCAGUGUCAUUAAUUUAAAAAAAAUAAAGAUGGGAGACUUCUAGUUCUGGACCCAAGUGGAGUAGACAUGCUUCUCCCUAUUUCUCCCACUAAGGACAGCUAAAACUCUGUAUGUGAUAUAUAAAACAAACAUAGGAAGAUGCUAAAAGAAGGAGAAAAGGACAGACUUGACUAGGUGACUUGACUAAAAACAAAAACAUGAACAGAGCCUCAGAGACAUGUGGGACUAUAACAAAAGACCUAACAUUCAUGUCAUCGGAGUCCCAGAAGGAGAAGAGAAAGGGUGGGGGCGAAAAAGUCCUCAAGAAAUGAUGGCUGAAAAUCCUCCAAAUCUGGCAAAAGACACAAACCUACAGAUUCAAGAAGCUGAACAAACCCGCAACACAGGAUAAAGUCAAAUCCAUGCCAAGACACAUUAUAAUCAAACUUUUAAAAACGAGACGAAGAGAAAAUCUUGAAAGCAGUAAGAGAGAAACACCACUUUACCAACAGGGGAAAAACAAUUCAAGUAUCAGCGAUUUCUCACCAGAAACCAUGGUGGCCAGAAGGAAGUGGCAACAACAUAUUUCAAGUGUUAAAAGAACUGCCAAGCCUGGAUGCUAUAUCUAGUGAAAAUAUCCUUCAGAAAUGAGGGAGAAAUCAAGAUAUCCUCAGAAAAAGGAAAGCUAUGAGACCAUGACACCAGCAGACCCACCCUAAAAGAGUGGUUAAAGGCAGUCCUCAAAACAGAAAGGAAAUGAUAAAAGAAGAAAUCUUGGAACAUCGGGAAGGAAGAAAGAAUAGAAUGAGUAAAAACGUGAAUGGCAGUGAUGGCAUGUUCAAGUAUGAGGAGAUAGUCCUUGAGCGGGGCAAUUCUGGCCUGGGCUUCAGCAUUGCUGGUGGAAUCGACAACCCCCAUGUCCCCGAUGACCCUGGUAUCUUUAUUACGAAGAUUAUCCCUGGUGGAGCAGCUGCCAUGGACGGGAGGCUGGGGGUGAAUGACUGUGUGCUGCGGGUGAAUGAGGUGGAUGUGUCAGAGGUGGUGCACAGCCGGGCGGUGGAGGCACUGAAGGAGGCCGGCCCUGUGGUGCGGUUGGUGGUACGGAGGCGACAGCCCCCACCAGAGACCAUCAUGGAGGUCAACCUGCUCAAAGGGCCCAAAGGCCUGGGUUUCAGCAUUGCUGGGGGGAUUGGCAACCAGCACAUCCCAGGAGACAACAGCAUCUACAUCACCAAGAUCAUUGAGGGGGGUGCUGCUCAGAAGGAUGGACGCCUACAGAUCGGGGAUCGGCUGCUGGCGGUGAACAACACCAAUCUGCAGGAUGUGAGGCAUGAGGAAGCUGUGGCCUCGCUGAAGAACACAUCUGACAUGGUCUAUCUGAAGGUGGCCAAGCCAGGCAGCCUCCACCUCAACGACAUGUAUGCACCCCCCGACUACGCCAGCACUUUUACUGCCUUGGCUGACAACCACAUAAGCCAUAACUCCAGCCUGGGUUAUCUCGGGGCUGUGGAGAGCAAGGUCAGCUACCCUGCUCCUCCUCAGGUUCCCCCCGCCCGCUACUCUCCUAUCCCCAGGCACAUGCUGGCUGAGGAGGACUUCACCAGAGAGCCCCGCAAGAUCAUCCUGCACAAGGGCUCCACAGGCCUGGGCUUCAACAUCGUGGGAGGAGAGGAUGGAGAAGGCAUUUUCGUCUCCUUCAUCCUGGCAGGAGGCCCAGCUGACCUGAGUGGGGAGCUGCGCAGAGGAGACCGGAUCUUAUCGGUGAAUGGCGUGAACCUGAGGAAUGCAACUCAUGAGCAGGCUGCGGCUGCUCUGAAACGGGCUGGCCAGUCAGUCACUAUUGUGGCCCAGUACAGACCUGAAGAAUACAGUCGCUUUGAAUCGAAGAUACAUGACUUGCGAGAACAAAUGAUGAACAGCAGUAUGAGCUCUGGGUCUGGGUCCCUGCGAACGAGUGAGAAGAGGUCCUUGUACGUCAGGGCCUUGUUUGAUUAUGACCGGACUCGGGACAGCUGCCUGCCGAGCCAAGGCCUCAGCUUCUCCUAUGGUGACAUUCUACAUGUCAUUAACGCCUCUGAUGAUGAGUGGUGGCAGGCGAGACUGGUGACCCCCCAUGGAGAAAGUGAGCAAAUUGGUGUGAUCCCCAGUAAGAAGAGGGUGGAAAAGAAAGAAAGGGCUCGAUUGAAAACCGUGAAGUUUCAUGCCAGGACGGGGAUGAUUGAGUCUAACAGGUCGAUCAAAACGAAACGUAAAAAGAGUUUCCGCCUCUCUCGAAAGUUUCCAUUUUACAAGAGCAAAGAAAACAUGGCCCAGGAGAGCAGCGUACAGGAACAAGCUGAGCUCAUCCCCUGUGGUCUGCAGAACUCAGGUCAGCUUGGAAGCCCACACCUCAGACUGCACGAAGCUUUCCCUGAAGGGUUUGGACAGAAGGGAGUGACAUCCAACACCAGUGACAGCGAAAGCAGUUCCAAAGGACAAGAGGAUGCUAUUUUGUCAUAUGAGCCAGUGACACGGCAAGAAAUUCACUAUGCAAGGCCUGUCAUCAUCCUGGGCCCAAUGAAGGACAGAGUCAACGAUGACCUGAUUUCGGAGUUCCCGCAUAAAUUUGGAUCCUGUGUACCACAUACUACCCGGCCUCGGCGUGAUAAUGAAGUGGAUGGGCAAGACUACCACUUUGUGGUCUCCCGAGAACAGAUGGAGAAGGAUAUUCAGGACAACAAGUUCAUCGAGGCAGGCCAAUUCAACGAUAAUCUCUAUGGGACCAGCAUCCAGUCAGUGAGGGCAGUUGCAGAGAGGGGCAAGCACUGCAUCUUAGAUGUUUCUGGCAAUGCUAUCAAGAGGCUGCAGCAGUCACAACUUUACCCCAUUGCCAUUUUCAUCAAGCCCAAGUCCAUUGAAGCGCUUAUGGAAAUGAACCGACGGCAGACAUAUGAACAAGCAAAUAAGAUCUAUGACAAAGCCAUGAAACUGGAGCAGGAGUUUGGAGAAUACUUCACAGCCAUUGUACAGGGUGACUCACUGGAAGAGAUUUAUAACAAAAUCAAACAAAUCAUUGAGGACCAGUCUGGGCACUACAUUUGGGUCCCAUCCCCUGAAAAACUCUGAAGAAUCCCCUCCAACCAUUCUAUUGUGAACAGAAGAAACCAAGUCCCUCUUCCCUCCUCCCUCUUCAUUCCUGUCCCCAUGGGGAGAACAGAUGACUACUGUUCUUGUCCCCUUUUUUAGAUAUGUCCAAAAAAUUGAGUUUUCUAGUCCUGUUCUGUUUUUUUAAAUUUUUGUUUUGUUUUAGUUUAUUUUUUGGGAUGAUGCCAUCUCACUCAUCAUGUGACUGCGCCCAUUCCUGCAUGGACCUUUCCCAAGCACUAGCACAGGUGCAAAUCCAUCAGAGUCAUUGUUUUCAUAAAACCAAGCAGAAGCGAAGAGAAGAGAGGAGGACUGGUGGAAAGACAGACUGGACAGCUGCGCGGCUUAUGAAGCGAGCCCCGCGCACCCCGCGAGGAGAGGCUCCCAGGCUUUGCUACGAUCUGUACACUGCCUCGCGGCUUGGGACAGCGCGGUCAUGGUGACAGAAAGUAUCUUAUUUAUAUAUAGAUAUAUAUAUGUAAUUUAUAUAAAAUAUAUAGAAAUUAUUAUAUAUAUAUAUAUUAUACACUCUCAUAUAAUAUAUAUAUAUAUUCACACGCAUUUGGACUAGAAAAUCUAUGGAGACUUCAUCAAUGGUACUGUGUUAUUAGAGAAAUGCUUUAAUUUUCAUAUUCCAAUCAGAUGGCAUCUUAUAUCCCAACUGGUUGGGGAGGGAGUGAAAGUGGUAGUAAGUGCUGUACCGAGGGCACCCGCAUUGGUCAUUCUCUUGAGAGCUGGGCUUUUCUUUAGGAGGGGUCAGGUCAGCCAGAGAACGGUGAGAAAGGGCUUCGGCCCGGGGGCCAGAGGCUUGGAGCUGUGACCCUAGAGCCGAUGCUGCCCUUGGGGCACAGUCAGGCCCGCGUGUGGGGAGCGAGAGAAUGGCUAACGGUGCUCCCAACGUAUUAAAUUGCCAAUUGUUUUAUGCCACCUGAUGUGUCUGCAUGAGAGGUUUCCUUUUUGUUCAUUUUUAAGCUGCUGUUAAACCAAAACCAUGUUGUGCUACUGUGUCAGCCUUUUCAUUCUUCCAAAUUUUACUUUUACUAUUUAAGUGAAUGUGUAGAAUCCAAUUUGACCGUGUUCUAAAGGCUCAUGAUGUUCUGGAGGAGCCGGGCCUUGUGAUAGACUAGGCGACCCGGGCUUGGCCAUCCCGUCAGCGGAAAGGGAAGUGGGGGCAGGUGAGAACCGACAGGAGCUGGGCCUCCUACUGUAACGUGUCCCUUCACUCACCUGCCAGGGACAUGCUGGGCUCAGCUGAGGCUCUGUCAUGGGGCCCACUGGCAGGGACGGGGAGUCACUUGCCUUCCAGCUCUGCGCUGGGACAGUGGGACGACCCUGAGCUUGGCCAGCCGCGUAAUGAAAAGUUUGAUUUGGGUUUUUUUCGCAGCUGCUUCAUAUGCCCUACCUACCCCAAUCCCUCACCAACAGCUGGUAGCUUACUGUUUCUUCAAGAAGAAAGUAGACUUUAAUGCUGUCAAUUUGAGCUGUAGAGCUACAAUUCACUUACUGUUGAGAUGUGAAACCCUGUUGCUUUUUCCCAGAGUCAGACGGCAGUGUUUGUGGUCAAGGGGGUUUUUCUCUGACCAGAAAUGCAGGCGGCAGGUGUGGCCCAGGCCCUGCCCCACCAUGCUCCUUUGAAGCCACCAUGCCUCCCUCAGCUCCACGCUGGAGGCACGACCCAGGGGAGAAGAGCGUGGACAUGCUUGGCCCCAGGGUUGAGCCUGUUGUUUCCUAGCCCACCGUGUUACAACCGGUGCAAAGCAUACAUGUCGAAGAUGCUUUGAGCGCUACCAGGCAGAUUUAGGAAGUCUGUUAACAGUUCUCCUACCGGCAUGAUGAGGCUAACUGUAAAGUGUGGGGCCCAGAAUGUGGGUAAAGAAAGGGCAGCAGCUUUACCUGCGCAGUACACUGGAUUGGAGGCAAGAGGGGUAAAGUGGUGUCCGAUUAUGACUCUGGGGAGGAGGGGGUGAGCUGGGAGUGUUUUGAUUUCUCUGAUGUUAAGUGAUGUAGUCUGAGUGAUGCUCAACCCUCUACCCCUCCCAGGGAAGAAAAGCAGAGAUUCAAAGCAAGCAUGACACUAGUUGGUUUACCAGUGUUCCUUCCAAGGAGACAUAUAUUUUUUAAUAAAUGAUAGUUGCAAUGAA